CCGCCUCCUCGCAGUGCAGCGUGAGUAGGGAGCCCCGGCUGGUGGACGCCGAGCCUCUCGGCUCCGCGGCCGCCUCAUCCUUGAGGUGCACCCGCACCUCCGCGUGUCUCCCCGAGCCUUGCGAGUUGGCCGCGGACACGCCGGGGACGAGCCCCCGUUCUCUUCGCUUACCACUCUUACUCACCCCCACCCGCUCCUCCUGCAACCUCCCUUUCCUUUCCCCACUAGGAAAAUGGUUCCUGCUGCUGGGCGAGAUGUGUACAUCUCAUGAUUGAUAUGAGGAAACUAAUCAUGGGCCAAAGGUCAAGAUACUUCUCUGGGAAAUGCUGCUGAUGCUGCUUUACGAAGUCAUACAAUGAGCGUUUGGUUUAAGAAAGAUUUUCAUAUUUAAGAGAUUUUCAUCUUGGAAAUACAUCAAGUGAAAAUUAGUGUCUUUUGGGAAACAUUUUCCUCCUAAUAAAUUAUACUUGUGAUGGGCGACAUGGCAAACAACUCAGUUUCAUAUAGUGGAGUAAAAAACUCUUUGAAGGAAGCUAAUCAUGAUGGAGACUUUGGUAUUACGCUCGCAGAACUGCGGGCUCUCAUGGAGCUCAGGUCUACAGAUGCAUUACGAAAAAUACAGGAAAGCUAUGGAGAUGUCUAUGGAAUUUGCACCAGGUUGAAAACAUCUCCAAAUGAAGGUUUAAGUGGAAACCCUGCAGAUAUAGAAAGAAGAGAAGCAGUGUUUGGAAAGAAUUUUAUACCUCCUAAAAAGCCAAAAACCUUUCUUCAAUUAGUAUGGGAAGCAUUACAAGAUGUCACUUUAAUUAUAUUAGAAAUUGCAGCCAUAGUAUCACUGGGCCUUUCUUUUUAUCAACCUCCAGAAGGAGAUAAUGCACUUUGUGGAGAAGUUUCCGUUGGAGAGGAAGAAGGUGAAGGUGAAACAGGCUGGAUUGAAGGAGCUGCGAUCCUCUUGUCAGUAGUGUGUGUGGUGUUAGUAACAGCUUUCAAUGACUGGAGUAAGGAAAAACAGUUUAGAGGUUUGCAGAGUCGAAUUGAACAAGAACAGAAGUUCACAGUCAUCAGGGGUGGUCAGGUCAUUCAGAUACCUGUAGCUGACAUUACUGUUGGAGAUAUUGCGCAAGUGAAAUAUGGUGAUCUUCUUCCAGCUGAUGGCAUACUUAUUCAAGGCAAUGAUCUUAAAAUUGAUGAAAGCUCAUUGACUGGUGAAUCUGAUCAUGUUAAGAAGUCUUUAGAUAAGGAUCCCUUACUUCUAUCAGGUACUCAUGUAAUGGAAGGCUCUGGAAGAAUGGUAGUUACUGCUGUAGGUAUAAAUUCUCAAACUGGAAUUAUCUUUACCUUACUUGGAGCUGGAGGUGAAGAAGAAGAAAAGAAAGAUGAGAAGAAAAAAGAAAAGAAAAAACGGGAGAUCAUUUUUCCGUCUGUGAACUUCCAGCCCUCCUCUCAGUCAAAAGCAGUCCAGGAUAAGAAACAAGAUGGAGCUAUUGAGAAUCGCAACAAAGCAAAAGCCCAAGAUGGUGCAGCCAUGGAAAUGCAGCCUUUGAAGAGUGAAGAAGGUGGAGAUGGUGAUGAAAAAGACAAAAAGAAAGCAAAUUUGCCAAAAAAGGAAAAAUCCGUUUUACAAGGGAAACUUACAAAGCUGGCUGUUCAGAUUGGCAAAGCGGGUUUGUUGAUGUCUGCCAUCACAGUUAUCAUUCUAGUAUUAUAUUUUGUAAUUGAUACAUUCUGGGUUCAGAAGAGGCCAUGGCUUGCUGAGUGCACACCUAUUUACAUACAAUAUUUUGUGAAGUUCUUCAUUAUUGGAGUUACAGUUUUAGUGGUAGCUGUGCCGGAAGGUCUUCCACUUGCAGUCACUAUUUCUCUGGCUUAUUCAGUCAAGAAAAUGAUGAAAGAUAAUAACUUAGUAAGGCAUCUGGAUGCUUGUGAAACCAUGGGAAAUGCUACAGCCAUUUGUUCAGAUAAAACAGGAACGUUGACAAUGAACAGAAUGACAGUUGUUCAAGCUUACAUAAAUGAAAAGCAUUAUAAAAAGAUCCCUGAACCAGAAGCUAUUCCACCAAAUAUCUUGUCCUAUCUUGUAACAGGAAUUUCUGUGAAUUGUGCAUAUACAUCAAAAAUACUGCCACCAGAGAAAGAGGGUGGAUUACCUCGUCAUGUUGGUAAUAAAACUGAAUGUGCCUUGUUGGGAUUUCUUUUGGACUUAAAACGGGAUUAUCAGGAUGUUAGAAAUGAAAUACCGGAAGAAGCACUGUACAAAGUCUACACCUUCAAUUCUGUUAGGAAGUCCAUGAGUACUGUCCUGAAAAAUUCAGAUGGAAGCUAUCGAAUAUUCAGCAAGGGUGCAUCUGAAAUAAUUCUGAAAAAGUGUUUCAAAAUCUUGAGUGCUAAUGGUGAGGCAAAAGUGUUCAGACCAAGGGACCGUGAUGAUAUUGUAAAAACUGUGAUUGAACCGAUGGCAUCAGAAGGCUUGAGAACCAUAUGUCUUGCAUUCAGAGAUUUCCCAGCAGGAGAACCAGAACCAGAGUGGGAUAAUGAAAAUGAUAUUGUCACCGGCCUUACAUGCAUUGCUGUUGUGGGGAUUGAAGAUCCUGUGAGACCUGAGGUACCAGAUGCAAUAAAGAAAUGUCAGCGGGCUGGAAUUACUGUGCGGAUGGUCACUGGUGAUAAUAUUAAUACUGCUCGGGCUAUUGCUACCAAAUGUGGUAUUUUACAUCCUGGGGAAGAUUUCCUGUGCCUUGAAGGUAAAGAUUUCAACAGGAGAAUACGAAAUGAAAAAGGAGAGAUUGAGCAAGAGCGGAUAGACAAGAUUUGGCCAAAGCUUCGAGUACUUGCAAGAUCAUCUCCUACUGACAAACAUACACUGGUUAAAGGUAUAAUUGACAGCACUGUCUCAGAUCAGCGUCAGGUUGUAGCUGUAACGGGUGAUGGUACAAAUGAUGGUCCAGCACUAAAGAAAGCUGACGUUGGAUUUGCAAUGGGCAUCGCUGGAACUGACGUAGCUAAAGAAGCAUCCGAUAUCAUUCUCACAGAUGACAACUUUACAAGCAUUGUUAAAGCAGUUAUGUGGGGACGUAAUGUCUAUGACAGCAUCUCAAAAUUCCUUCAGUUCCAGCUUACCGUUAAUGUAGUAGCAGUGAUUGUUGCUUUCACGGGCGCCUGUAUUACUCAAGAUUCACCGCUUAAGGCUGUGCAGAUGCUGUGGGUAAACCUCAUAAUGGAUACACUCGCUUCCCUGGCUCUGGCAACCGAACCCCCCACUGAAUCUCUCUUGCUUCGGAAACCUUAUGGUAGAAAUAAGCCUCUCAUCUCGCGCACCAUGAUGAAGAAUAUUUUGGGUCAUGCAUUCUAUCAACUUGUAGUAGUCUUUACACUCUUGUUUGCUGGAGAAAAGUUUUUUGAUAUUGAUAGUGGAAGAAACGCUCCUUUGCAUGCUCCUCCUUCGGAACAUUACACUAUUGUUUUUAAUACCUUUGUGCUGAUGCAACUUUUCAACGAAAUAAAUGCCCGGAAAAUUCAUGGUGAAAGAAAUGUGUUUGAAGGAAUCUUUAAUAAUGCCAUCUUCUGCACAAUUGUUUUAGGCACUUUUGUGGUGCAGAUAAUAAUUGUGCAGUUUGGUGGAAAACCUUUCAGUUGUUCAGAACUAUCAAUAGAACAGUGGCUGUGGUCAAUAUUCCUGGGAAUGGGAACGUUACUCUGGGGCCAGCUAAUUUCAACAAUUCCAACUAGCCGUUUAAAAUUCCUGAAAGAAGCUGGUCAUGGAACACAAAAGGAAGAAAUACCUGAGGAAGAGUUAGCAGAGGAUGUGGAGGAGAUUGAUCAUGCUGAAAGGGAGUUACGACGUGGCCAGAUCCUAUGGUUUAGAGGUCUGAACAGAAUCCAAACACAGAUUCGAGUGGUGAAUGCAUUUCGUAGUUCUUUAUAUGAAGGGUUAGAAAAACCGGAAUCAAGAAGUUCGAUUCACAACUUUAUGACACAUCCUGAGUUUAGGAUAGAAGAUUCAGAGCCUCACAUCCCCCUUAUUGAUGACACUGAUGCUGAAGAUGAUGCUCCUACAAAACGUAACUCCAGUCCUCCACCCUCUCCCAACAAAAAUAACAAUGCUGUUGACAGCGGGAUUUACCUUACAAUAGAAAUGAACAAGUCUGCUACCUCUUCAUCCCCAGGAAGCCCACUACACAGUUUGGAAACAUCACUCUGAUUGUAAGCUGAAUGUUAACACACUAGCUGCAUUGUAAAGAAACAAAUUGAAACUGGGUCUCUUCACAUAUUGUGACAGACAAGAUAGUAUUCUUGUCUUUGGACUUCAACAGAAGACACACUUGUACGAAUGUAGAUUUAUUUUUUUAAAAAAAAAAAAAGCAAAGCUUUCUGCCAGACUGAGGGUGCUUUUUGGGGGGUGGGAGAAAUGAACUGACAGAUAAACAGUAACUCAGCAUAAGUUGACCUGUGGAUCAUCUGUAGUACCUGAGAGUGGUCCCGAACAGUAUAUUAGCAGAGCUUUAGUUUAUCUCAAUCCUUGAUGGGAGAGAGGGAGGAGUAAAGCUGGGCAAGCAAAGAGCCCUGGAUCAUUGAAUUGAUACUUUAAUUUCUGCUGUUGGCUGUUAAUAAUUUGGAUUAUUUAUGUUUAUAAAUGAUACAGAUCUGUUUACAAGGUUUGUAGAUACUUUUUUUGUUCCUGUUCAUAGAUGGGAAGCUUCCUUAUAACUGAUGCAGAGAAAAAUUAGUCCUUCAAAUACUGCUGUAUUUUCAGGAAAAAAAAAAAAGGGUGUUUCUAUUGAAACUGUACUAAAUUUUUGCCUACAAUUUAACUUGUUAAAUAUUGUAGAUAAAUUGCUAAUACUAAUAGCCAAAUAGAUAACACUAAUGCUUUGUUUAAAAAAAAAAAAACAAAAACAAAACAAAACAAAAAAACAUGAGCAGUGGUGUUCUAAUGAAGUUAUGGCAUCUGUCCUAAUUAGUUUCUUAAAUAUAUUUACUACUUAAUGGUUUUGAAACAACUGUUUAAUUUUUAAAAUUUUUGAAAACUUGCUAAUAACCUUUUGUUCAGAAUUUAGUAGAUUGUUUAAUGCGGGACAUCAACUGCAUAAUGAAAGAUGCUUGAAAUGCUUUUGUUAUUUCAGGCAAAUCAAAUUAAAUCAAACUAUCAAACUACAAGAGAACCUUAGUCUUUUUUGUUUUUGUCUAAACCUGUUAGUUCAGUGAUGUCUUGGUGAACUGUGAGUGAACUGUAUCGCUUUUUCUAAUCCUUAGAAACCUUCAUACAGCAUGAGGGCUGUUGGCAUUUUGAAAAGGUUAAUAAGUAGAAGCAUACAUGUUUUCCUUUUGUUUUUGAAACUUGUUUGUAAACAUAAAUAAAUCUGCCCUUUUAUUAAAUAAAUUCACAGCAAUUUUUUUUAAAGAAAUUUCCGUUUCUUUACUCAAUUCUGCAUAUAUGGUGCAUCAGUCUGUUCUCUUUCACCACAAUUGGAAUAAAUUUCAAGAUGGUAACAGCCCCAUGAAUUACCACUUUAAUUCCUUGGUGAUAAUCUAAUAGAACCAGAUUAAGAAAACUAUCGCAAUUUCACCAUUUGACAUAUUCUUCAUAGAAUUUAGUUUGUCUAAAAUAGUCUCACAGUUUUAAAAAAAAUAAUGACCACCAUUGUCUUUGAUACACUUAUUUUAAUUCUUAAGUGGCCAAAUAACAGAUUAGUUAAAAUGAGAUUCUAUGAAAAGGUGAAAAGGGUCCUAAAAAUAUAUAUUUAGGUAUAAUAAUUAAUCAUGUGCUAGAAUGCCCAUUUCUAAGUCAGCUGGAUUCUUUAAAUCUUUGUUUCUUUCUUUUGUCUACCUUCUCCCCUUUAUUGCCUCUGUCUUUACCUUUUAGGAACUGGCAUUGUGUUAGGGCCCAGAUUUCACCAGAUAUACAAUCCUCAGGCUGACAUAAAGUUUACGAGGACUACUACAACAUCUGAGAGUGCUGACCCAGCAAAGAAACAGUUAGUUGAUGGUGCUUGAUAUUUUUGGUGGGUAGGGGAAAAUCUGUUUUUCUCCAUCAAUCCUUUGCAGUAAUCUUCUGCAAGUCUUAAAAACACAUCGGCUCUGUCAGCAUUUAUAAUUGUACAUUUAUUCAUCAGGUAUUUAUAGCAAACCAUACUGUAAAAAGAGGUAGCAUGAUAUGCUGGAAAGCAUACUUGGCUAGGAGUCAAGACCUGGUUUCUAGUCUUGGUUUUGCCAUUACGUGCUGCAUGACCUUGGGAAAAUCAUUUACCCUAACCAAGGGUGGUGGACUAAUCUAUCUUGAAGAACCCUUUCAACUCUAAAAAUUGACCCUAUCAACUGGAGAGCCUACAAGGCAUAGGGACUAGAGAAAAGGGAAUGUUUUCAGUUUUCUUUUUUAUUUUGGUUAUGCUUAAAUAUGAAUGUAAUUACCAAAAGAUUUAGAAGUGCAUGUGCUUUGGAGGAUUUGUAUUGAGCUUUUACAGUAUUCAUUUUUCAACUCAAGGCAAUGGCUUUUUACACCAACUCUAAUCCAUAAACGGGUCUUCUGACAUCCAUGAAGUAGUAGCAAGACAUGCUUAGUGUGUAUUUCUCUCUUUGAGACACUGUAAUUUCUACCAGAAAUUUCCAGAGCAUUAUGUAAGUAGAAAAAAAUGCAAGCAAGCUGUUAAAGAUCUUGGAUCCCAUUAUAUAGUAUGUAUAGCUGAAAUCAGCAUCUAUAAUUCAAUCACUUUUUCUCUUUUAUCCUCUAACCAAAAAAUUGUUUAAUUUUGCAUCCCAAAUGUUUUUAAUCUUUGUAUAUUUUUUAAAAAUCCUUUCUCCUCAUCAUUGCCAUUUUUGUGGUUGUAAAUAGACUUACUUGCACUUUGAAGAUGAGUUACUCCUUGUCAUCUUACAAAUAUGUGAUAUGGUAAUUUUCAUAACAGAUGUCAGUUUCGAACCAAGAAAUGGUGAUUUGUUUAUAAGAAAAAAAAAAAAAAAACUGGCUUCAUUUCUGUGAAAUUGCUCUUUGAAAAUUUCUUUUUACACAUGUAAGCCAACUGAGAUACCGUGAUGGUGUUGAUUUCUUUCAAUGAUGCUUACCAUCUAUUUUAGCCACUGAGCCUUUUAUUAUUUGUCUAUUUGUAAAGUUUAUUUGUCUUAACUCAUUUAAUAAAUAUACUGUUUAUCUGUUUCUGAA